CUGAAGAACAGCACACCGAAUCGACUUCACAUCUAUUUGAGGUAAAAAUGGUUUCAUUGAGAGAACUCACAGAGCAACGAGGUAACCAGGGCAGAGAGGGAGAAGAGGAGGGGGUUUUGUCAGUGGAGCCUAUCACGAUGAUAGUGCCGCCGGAGUUGCAGGAUGUACCGGAAGCAACGGCGUCUGAGAACAGUGCCGAUUCCAACGCCAGCGACAACGGUGACGACCACCUUAGUGCGUCGUCGAGCAGCUCGUCUAGCGAAGAAACACCCAGCCGUGAAGAAGGGGUGGGGGACGUGGACCUGCCCGCUGGAUUCAGGUUCAGGGCCGCACUUCAUCACGAAGUAGCAGAUUGUACGCCCUCCAUAAGUGGAUAUAAAAGGCUCGAGGAGAUGGUGAGGGCGUACCACAUCCCCAAAACCAUACUGCUGCGGACUGGCGAGCAGAACGAAAGGGCAUGCACGGUGUCGCGGACGGGCUGGAUCCCAGUAUAUGCGGACCACUUUGACGCCGGCCUGCGGUUUCCCCUGCCCGGCCUGGUGUUCGAUCUGCUCGCAGAAUACGAGCUGGCACUGACGCAGCUAACGCCCAACAGCAUAAGGUUCAUCAUGGGCUUUAUGCUGUUGUGCGCAAGAUUGGAGGUGCCAGCUAAAGCGAUAGUGUUCAGGUCGCUAUUCCAGUGCCGGUUGUGUCCGAACUCACGAGGAGCGAAGUGGUACUACCUCUCUGGGAGGGAUAAAAGCCAGCUCUUCAAAAACGGGGAGGGUCUUAUAGAUCUAGAAGCCCUGGUUACCUCGGAGCAGCUCGCCGUGUUCGGGUUUGUCGAUGUGACAAACUUGAUCAGCGAAGCGUCAACGUGCCCAGAGUUCCCGAGGGCGUGGGGCGAGCAGCGCGCAACCCCGGCAAACUCGGUUCGACGAGCGGCCACCCUCAGCGCCUCAACCACGCAGCUCUUCACACCGGGAUCCAGCUCGUCGUCAAGGCCACGUGCGGAUCACAGAGUUGAGACGGCGGCCCCGGGCGCGCGCAGACGCACGCGCGAGGAGACAGAGAGCGAGGAGGAUGAAGUCCCCCUAGCCAGGCGCAUAAGAAGCGGGGGGACUCAGCCCGCUCAGGCGGCUCGUCCUACAACGGUGCGUUCGCCCGACGCACCGUCAGCGACCGCGCGGGCGUCAGUCGAGCCCGCCUCUGCAUCAGCUUCAUCCUCGGGCCCCAGGAUUGCUUAUCCUGAGGGUUUCAGCUACAUACGGGCGGAGUGCCAGCCCGCCAUGGGUAAGAGCCUUGCUCCCCUCGCUGACACAACUGUGAGGCUGAGGUGGGAUUUGAACGAGGAGGGUGUGCCUGUCUGGCCACCGUCCGUGCUGGAGGACAGGGAGGAUCCAGCAAGACUGUCCUCUUUUGACGCCUGGGUAGAGGGUGCUCCUGUGGCUGAGCAGGAGCCUUCAAGCACCCCACCCAACUCUCAGCCCGCUGCUGUGCCAUCCAGCUCCCCGGUCAACGCGCCAGCCUCUGAGCCCGCUGCCCGGUCUCCUCCUGCUCGCUCUCCAGCAGCCGCUGCUGAUGCAUCCAUGCCCGUCGACCUAACGGAUGACUAGAUUUAGGGUUUUUUCUUUUGAUUUUUUGUACCUUGUUUUUGCAUUUUUGUAUUUGAUCAAUGGAUCCAUAUCGCGUAUACAUUCAAUGUAAACAUCUUUGAUGAAAUACAAAAAUGAAUAUUUCUUUGAAUUCUUGCUGUGUUUCCGGUAUACCCUUGUUUACAACUGUCGAAUAACGACUUGAAUAAAAGAAUAGUAUACAA